AUGGAUGAGACAGACAGUAGGAAUAAUUCAUUAUUUCAAAACUCUGAAUUCGUCAUUUAUGAAAUAAUCGAUGAUUUGGAUGCAAGUGAAUCAAUUAUUCGACAGUGUUUUCGAGCCACAUCUAUUCCUUACGACGCCACCACCACAUCUACUACUACUACUACUACUACUACCACUGUUGGUGACAGUCAUAAUGGUAGUAAGAGUAAGCAUUCCUUGUCAAAUACUUAUCCAACAAAUGUAUUCGUUCUUCGAGAAAACCGCCGCAUAAACUUACAAGCUAUACUGGAGUCAACUCAUCCUACUGAGGGUCCUGGUAGUAGGAUAACAUCAUACACAUACUGCCCAUUCAUCAGUACGCAGGCUAGAGACUCAUCUUGGAGAUUACCAACGUUGAUAAUUGAUCAAACCCCCUUGAUGUUCUGUGUACCAGUGAGUUCAGGUGGGGGGAUAAGAUAUCAGAUCGUUGUCGUUGGUGGUCAAUAA